AUGUUUAUGGUCAGCUUUGCGGUGUCCAGCUUGAUGCUGGGCGGCCUGGACUUCGUGAUCAAGGCGAAGCUGGGCUCUGGCCCCAAGCUGAAUGCUUUGGAGACCAACCUCUACAACGCCAUCCCUGUGGCCAUCUUCACCUGCGCCUUGGGCAGCGUGCUGCCGACGCCCGUGCCGCCUUCCUGGUCGGCACACUUCGCGCCGUACAUGACGGACCUGCAGGUCUUUAAGGGCAUCUUUCAGGUGAACCCUGCAGUGCUCCUCUGGGUCGUGGGGUCGGGUGUAGCUGCCUUUGUCUUCAACCUCUUUGUCACCUUCCUGGUUGUGAAGCUCAGCCCUGCCACUGGCGAUGGCAUUGAGCUGCAGUGA